UGCGGUAAACAAAGGAAUCGCGCGCUGUUCCUGCUUGCUACUGGACAACGGUCUUGGUAUAAUAGCUAGCUACUGAUAAUGGCCUCCGCCGAAAUAUCGCCAACCGAUGUAGUAGCUGCUCUUGAUGAACUGACGAUAGACAAGACAAAAGAGCUGUUUUUUCAUCUGAAGGUGAAACUGAAAACUCUGAAUGACAUUGACACAGCCCACACCGGAAACAUGCGCAAGAUCCACUAUGUCCAGGCCUGGUUUGACCAGGAGGUGGGAGCCAGUUGGGAGAAGAUUGUGGCUGGCCUCAAGCAGAUAGGAAUGAAGGCAUUGGCUGAGAGUCUGGCCACUCGAAAAUGUUUGGGCAGUUUGACCCCCGACCCCCGCUCCUCUCCAGUAACGACAGCCCCAGCCCCUGAGACAAGUGGUCCUCAAACCAGUGGAUCCACUGAGCCCUCUCUCGGUCCCGUGGCACGUCUCUCCUCCCCCUCUGACAGGAUCUCCCAGGUGUGGGCUGAAAUUGACCGACUCACUGACACCUUCUCUCACCUCGUGUCCGACACGAGAGAUGAAAUGUGCAUCAGAGCAAGUGUAGAACCCCAGUUUUUCAACAAGUUCCGCGAUCGUCUUUUGGAUCUUCCUGUUUCCCAGAAAUCCCCACAUGCUAAGUUCUUCGAUGAAAAGCUAGAUGAUUUUCUGAUGGCCAAGAACAUGGACAAAAUAUUUGCCAUCCUCAGACGCUACAGUAACUAUCGUAACUAUGCAGUUCUGCGUGAGGUGGUCAGGAGGUUCUGCGAGGCUGUGCUCCAGCGAAGGAUGCAGGAAUACUGCAAAUCUCUCGAGAAGUUUGAGAAAGCGACAUUUAUCGAUGUGUACCUCCAGGCCAUUUCCGCCGGUAUCGUUCUCACCUCAGAAUUCACCAAGAUGACGGUGAAAAUCAACAAGCCAGCAUCCGCAUGCACGGUCCACGAAGUUCGCAAGUUGAAGGAGACAAUCGCAGAAAGAGCAUCUCUUCAGCCGUACAGCAUGUACAUUGAAGAAGAGUCGAUUGAUCUGAAGCUGGGGUUCCCUGCCAGUUGUGUGGGGUGGAUACUGGGAGUCUUGACUCCUGAGUUCCUUGCCACACAUCGUCUGUCAGACGUGGUCGUUCGUCAACAAAACCAGUCAACAUCUCUCCAUCAAAAUCACCUCUCAAUUUUGGAGAGAACCCAAGCGGAAUUGACUAAGGAGCUGUGUACAGCCAGUAGAAGAGGAGACAUGAUGAGAGUUGUGUCUCUUCUCAACAGUGGAGCUCAUAUGGAGACUGAGGAUGAGUGGUCAUUGACUCCUCUGGGCUCUGCCAGUUUCUAUGGUCAUCUCCAAGUGGUUCGUCUACUGACAUCAAGAAGAGCUAAUCCCAACUAUGUCAAUAAGGCUGGACUUACAGCUCUCAUGAACGCUGUGAAUGGGGGAAAGAGCGAUGUCGUCACAGAGUUAAUAUCUCUAAAAGCUGAUGUGGAUUUUCAAAGCAAGAAGAAUGGAAAUUCUGCACUGAUAGAAGCUGUCUUACGUAGUCUCACUGAUGUUGUUGUGGAGCUCAUUAGAGCAGGAGCCAAUAUAAACCUACAGAACAAUAAUGGAGACACAGCAGCCAUCUUAGCUGUAGAAAGAUAUUAUCCAGACAUUGUGAGGGAGCUAGUGAGGGCAGGGAGUGACCUCAACCUCCAGAACCAGGAGGGACUCACUCCACUAAUGAUAGCUGCCAGGAGAGGGAGGACUGACAUUACUACCAUUCUACUGGAGGGAGAACACAUCAACCUGGACAUUCAGGAGAAUAGCACUGGCUGGUCAGCUCUCCAUUUCUCUGUUGAGAGAGGAGACUCAGCUACCACAGAAGCACUGCUCAAGGCAGGAGCUAAUCCUCACCUCAAAGACAAG